UUUUUAUGUUCGUCGCACAAUGCGUGGUGCUCGUGCCGAGUGGAAAGAACCUCAAGGACCGUAGAAUUUCGAACUUUCCUCCAUCCAGUGAUGCGCAAAAUGUUUCUGUCUUUUACGGCUUGUUUAGAACCGAAACUCACAACAUGCUUCUUUUUGAGUAGCCCUGUAUUACCAGUUUUCUGUAAGCAAUAUACAACAUAGUUUUUAUUCCGAAAUUGGGAUUGGACCUGGCAACCUAAGUAUCCGGGCGUAGUUUGUCGUACAGGGUGAAAUGAAAUAUAGCUGUUGGCUGGCGGGUAAUGGAAAACACCUUUCGUGGGGGCAAAUCUGUGUCGCAGAUUGGCGGCUUGUGGUACCUCAUCCAGAGGACCAAACCGCUGUACAACGAUACCGUGGCUUGCAUCACCAGUACAGUCAAUCACAAGGAUGGCGAAGUCUACGAAGUAAUCCUUAACUACAAGUCUCUGGACAACGAAAGACUGGAGAACCGACUGGUGGUGAAGGACGACACCGAUCACCCGGCCCAGUUCUUGUUCACUGACAAAGACCAAAAAAAAGUUGCAUUGACCAUACUGGGCACCGAUUACAAGAAAUGGAGCACCGCCCAUGGUUACUUCAGCGGCAAAGGUGACUCCAGCUGCUACGCUAUCCUUUCUCGCACGCCCGUGCCGGACCCCAUCGACCUGGACAUUGCGAUUCGAGUCCUGGAGAGGAACGAGGUCAAGCUGCCCCUGCUGCGUGUGGACCAGUCAAACUGCUGAGCGACGUCUCGAUGAGAACGCGCAGCUACGGGCUCAAUAAAGAAUGUGCCUCAUGUGCAAGAA